UGCAGUGAUUAUCUGAUUUAUGUACGAAGAAAAAGAGAAGCAAAACACAGACAGCUCUUAUUGCACUGUGGCAUUUGCAAGGCACUGCAUUUAAUGCUGAGAGAUGCUAUACAUUAAAUCUGACAACUGUGAAAAGAGAGAUCAUGGAGAAGUCAAGUAGUGAGGAUUCUUCAAUUCACCGGAGUCCAUCUUUGGAUAGCAAAGACUCAGAUUUUGCUAAACCUUCUACCUCAGGGAGGCAAUUUGGUCGAGGUUUUACUGCAGGAGCUUUCUAUGGUACAACUGGAUCACGCACACAGAGCCACACUGGGGUCGGAACCGGGACCGGCGUUGGGACUGGAACUGGCGUAAAAAGUGACAAAUACAGUGCACCCAAAGGCAGCAAAUACGUGGUCUUUUACCUGGAUCUAUCCUUUGUUUUCCUUUUAGAAUUUAAGAAGUGCAACAUGGCAAGAGGCUGCCUGUGUUGUUUGAAAUACAUGAUGUUCCUUUUCAAUUUAAUAUUUUGGUUAUGUGGCUGUGGUCUGCUGGGUGUGGGCAUCUGGCUGUCGGUGUCGCAAGGAAACUUCGCCACAUUUUCUCCUAGCUUUCCAUCACUUUCAGCUGCCAACCUAGUCAUUGCCAUUGGCACAGUGAUCAUGGUGACCGGCUUUCUGGGCUGUCUAGGUGCUAUCAAGGAAAACAAGUGCCUCCUGUUGAGCUUUUUCAUCGUUUUGCUGAUAAUUCUUCUGGCAGAGCUGAUAUUACUCAUUUUGUUCUUUGUUUAUAUGGACAAGGUCAGUGAGAGUGCAAAGAAGGAUUUGAAGGAAGGUAUGAAGCUAUACAAUUCAGAAAAUAAUGUUGGACUGAAAAAUGCCUGGAAUAUCAUUCAAGCAGAGAUGAAAUGCUGUGGUGUGAAUGACUUUACAGAUUGGUACCCAGUCCUGGGAGAAAAUGUUGUUCCAGACCGAUGUUGUACAGAAAACUCCCAAGACUGUGGAAGGAACUCCACUGAAUUAGUCUGGAAAACGGGAUGUUAUGAGAGAGUUAUGACCUGGUUUGAUGAGAAUAAGCAUGUCCUUGGUUCGAUUGGGAUGUGCAUCCUCAUAAUGCAGAUUCUUGGCAUGGCCUUCUCCAUGACACUCUUCCAGCAGAUUCACAGGACUGGCAAAAAAUAUGAUGCCUAAAGCCUCUGAAACAUUAUCACAUCAACCCUUCUGUCUCAUCAUAAAAAUGAACACAAGGAAUGACCACAAGGAGCAUCACACUUAGCCCUGCUGAGGGAAUCCGUCCCAUUGACUGAUCCACUUUGUUGUUACUUGUCCAGUUAUUAUCACAACUUAUUUGACUCUUUUUUUUUUUUUCUGUUUCACAUUUGCCAUUUAUUUGCCAAAGAGGGGGAAACCCCCCCAAACAAAUGGAUUUUCUACACGAAAUCAUAGAUCUGCUCUAAGAAUGUUUCUUAACUUAAGAAAAUGUUUUGCUCUACUAAUCCAUGCUAUAUGUGCAAAAAUUACAUGUGUUCAACUUCAAGUGAGAAUUCUUCAAAGUCUUCCAUUAAGUUUUCAACCCUUAUAUCCAAUUUACUGGAAGACUCAGAAAAGCCACUCUGACUGAGAGUCCUAGGAAUUGGAGCUGCUUUGCUUUGCAGCUUCUUGUACCUUAUGGUGUAUACUUUUUUAUUAUAAUAAUGAUGAUGAUGAUUAUUAUUAUGAUGGAUAUAGCUUAGAAUUUAGUUGCCUGACUUAUAACUUCUUACUGUUUUUGGUUUUACACAUUUAUUGUACAUUAAUUUCGGAACCACUGUGCGAUCUCCAGAGGACAUGUUUUUCAAAGUUGAUGGUGCGGGCAAAGACACAACUUUUCUCAAGUCCAUGGGGAGGCAUUGUCUACCUUUAUCAGGGCCUCGAUGCCCUUACUGUAACAAAGGUGUCACUUUAAAAUCAGAGAUUCUUUCCUCAGAUGGAAUGCAAAGCCUUCCCACUGGACCAGAUGAUGAGCUUCCUACUCCUGUGAGGCAAAGUUUCAAUGCCUUUACUCACCCAAAGCAGUGCCUGGCUGCUUUGAUGUCAUGCUACUCUGAAAGCUUAAAGCACUGACUAAGCAAGUUACUGUUAGCGCAAAGGAGAGAGAUUGCAGUCUGACCUGCUGGCAGCAGACUUCACAGAUUGUGUCGUCUGCUUCAAAAAAGUUUGCCCAAGGCAUGGCGUGCUGCUGGAUGUGAAGGAAGGGAAGGGCAAUUUGAUGGCAACACUGUCAUGCCAUGCUCUUCAUUGUAGGGGUUUCCUCAAGCCAAAGACAGCUCUCUCCCUGAGGUAGAAAAGGUGGUUUGAUUAAAGGUGACCAGAUGGUGCAGGAAAGGGGUAAUUUCCAAAACAGCACUCAGAGAUGGAUUGUGUUGUCACACCUUCAGUACAGAUUGAUUCUUGCUGAUGGAUUGCCAA